CAACCCAACCAAAGAAUCAAUCAACCAACCAACCUCACAAUAUUUCUCUGUGCGCUUGCAGCCCUCGAUUCCAUGGCGUACGAAGUAGCAAGCCUUAGCAGCACACCAAUCUCCUCCCAGCAUCACUUCACAGACCCCAACUCCAACAACAACAACUCAACCCAUAACCCUCACAACCACACCACCUACCUACCCCGAAGCCACCCAUCGCCCCUCACCCCUCCAGCACCAACAAACCCUCCCACGAAAGCUCCCCUAAUACUCUAUACCACCCAGCGCAACCGAAACAAGGCCCCGUAAACCGCGACAUCCCAAAGCACCAAUGACAUCAAGCGUGCAUAACAACGUGGAGCAUCCCGAGAUCCAUCAGACCGAUCACAUUUGGCGGUUCCGGCAGAUAAAGUAGUGUAAGUUAGCGUCCCUAAAAGUCAGCUACUGCAUGGCCACUGUGGAGGGUAAGAUGAUAUGUCACAUCGAUGACGUUUGAAACACUGUAAGUUAAGCUGCGUUGUUUCAUACUUACGGAUAGGGUCGGCUUCUUUGGUGCUUGGUGUCUUAUAUCCAGG